UUAUUUUGUUAUGAUCUUGUUAUGGUCUUGUUUUGUUAUGACUUUGUUAUAUCAAAUUCAAUCACAAGCAGAAAAAGAUUGAGAUUAUAAUCAGCAUAAACAAAUAUUAUAUAACAUCAAAAUAACUUAGAUAUAAUAUUUUAUAUAAUAAAAUGAAUAGAUUCGAUAAAACCGGAAUAUCUAGAUCGAUUUAUGUCAAUUCAACAUGAUAGAUAAAUUCGCGAUUACAUACGAUCAGGCAUUUUGUUAUAUAAUAUCUUAUAUUUAUGUUGUAUUGCUGUUACUUUGUUUUUGUUAUAACUACUAAUAAAAUAACAAAAAAAUAUAACAAUUUUGUAAUACAGUUAUAUUGUGCGGAUAAAACGAGAUACAUAACAUUUAUACAAUUAAGAACUGUUAUAUCCCAUGUUAUUCUUAUGCUAUAUAACAAUUAGAUUCUGCGUUUGCUGGAGAUGUUACUUUAAAAUAAUUCGUGUCUUUCAACGCGAGUGCGCAUGUUUAAAUCUUCCCGCUCAGCUUCCUUCGCAUAGAUUACCUAUCAUCGUUUCACGCAUUUGACUUGCUAAUAGACCUUCGCCAGUUCAGACAAGAGGACGUAGUCAGUAACGCGUCGACAUUUCCCGUGGACGUGGAGAGAAGCAGAUAAGGUCGCGCUACGUACAAUGCUAGCGAACGCGUCUGAAAAUGAGACGAAAGAGCUGUGGUGGUCCAUAUAUGCUUGGUGGUCAUGCGUGCUCGUGUUAAAGAUGAUGCUGCUGACAUGGUUCACAGGGCAAAUUCGAGUGAGAGAACAGGUAAUUCAUAGCGAGGAAGAUAGAAUGUGGAUGACAAAAAAAUCAGAAAUAAUUUUGUGCACAACUGGCGAUGGGCAUCCUGAUGUGAUUCGCAUACGAAGUGCUCACCGACAUGAUCUUGAAACUGUCCUUCCUUUUAUAGUUUUUACACCGCUCUGGUUGAAUGUCGAGACAUGCAAUUCUACGGUGAAAAUCUUAAUACCAUGCUUUGCACUAGUCAGUAUACUAUAUACCUUAUUGCAUAUGCAGCUUUUGCAAAUGUCUAAUCUUUGGAAACUUUCCUCACUUGCAACACUGUAUUGUAUUGUGAUUUAUAUAUGCACAAUUGCUGCAGUUAGAUAUUCUAUAUCUAUCAUGGAUUUAAUCUAGUCAAGAAUAUAAAGAAAUAUUAUGAUACUGACAUUAUAACAAUCUUUAUUAAAAAAUAAACACAUCUAAGCAAUCUAACAUAAU